CAAGCCCAGUGUCUUUCAUUUCUGAAGGCUGAGCUCAGCCUGUGGUUCACGCAGGGGUGAUGCAUCAAGUUUGGUCUGGGCCAUGACUAGGGGUUGCUCAGUCCAGCCCAGCUCCCCACUGCUGCAGCAUGUGCAUGGGGUCCCCCAGGAGGGGAGCAAGAUCGAUGAAAGGGGUCAAAAGCUAACUAGUUUGUCUUCUGUAGAAAUGUGUUUUUCAUACAUCUCUCAUGGGGCAUGGGCAGCAGAGGACCAUCUUUUUACAGAUUGAAAUCUGCUCUUUGCAUGCAUUUCUGACACAGGAAAGGGUGUGUUGACUCUGAGCAUUAAAAGGCAUAUGAUUGACAUUCAGAAUUGCCUUCUGUUGCCUUCUACAGACUCACUGCAUGUGAGGAAGCAGCCCAGAUCAGAAGGAAGGGGAAAGCAGGAUUCAGGAAUGGCUCUUACUCAGGGACACUUGACAUUCAGGGAUGUGGCCAUAGAGUUCUCUCAGGAGGAGUGGGAAUGUCUGGACCCUGCUCAGAGGGCUUUGUACAGGGCCGUGAUGUUGGAGAACUAUAGGAACCUGAUCUCUUUGGGAGAAAAGCCCUGGACUGUGGAGAGCCAAGUGAAAAUAGCAAGAAAACAACAGCGGUGGGAACGUGUCAAAGGUGUGAUCUCAGAUAUCUCUCCUAAAUGCGUGAUCAAGAAAUUACCCCCAACAUGGAAAAGUACCACAGGAGACAUAUUCUACAUAUUGAUGUUGGAAAGUCACGAAAGCCGUCCUAGUGGAGAUUUUUGCUUCAGGGACAUUCAGAAAAAUAUCCAUGACUUUGAGGUUCAUUGGAGAGAUGAUGAACAAAAUUGCAACCCAGUGCCUUUGGCAAAAAAAGAAAAUUUUACUGGUGGUAGAGGCCAACCUGAUACAGUGGAUGCUGGAAACAAGGCUGUUACAAAUGAACUUGAGUUAAACUUUCAGUCACAUCUCCCUGAACUAAGUGUAUUUCAAGAUGAAGGGAAAAUCGGUAAUCAAUUUGAGAAGUCUGUCAACAAUUGUUCCUCAGUUUCAGUAUCCCAAAGUAUUUCUAAAACCCAUAUCUCUAAUGAAUAUGGGAAUGAUUUCAACUAUUCUUCAUCACUCACACAAAAACGAAAAACGCACAUUAGAGGAAAACCUUACAAAUGUAAUGAGUGUGGCAAAUUCUUUAGUUUCCUCUCACACUUCAGUAUACAUCAGAUAAUCCAUUCUGGAGAGAAACCAUAUAAAUGUGAUGUAUGUGGCAAGGACUUUAAUCAUAAAUCAAACCUUGCACGGCAUCGUAAAAUUCAUACUGGAGAGAAACCUUACAAGUGUAAUGAGUGUGGCAAAGCCUUUAGUGUGCGCCCACACCUCACUCGACAUCAGAGAAUGCACACUGGAGAGAAACCAUACCAGUGUAAAGAAUGUCAGAAAACUUUCAGUCACAAUUCAUGUCUUGCAGUACAUUGGAGAAUUCAUAGUGGAGAGAAACCUUAUAGGUGUGAUGAAUGUGGGAAAGUCUUCAGUCAGAAAUCAAGCCUUGCAACGCAUCAGAGAAUUCAUACUGGAGAGAAACCCUAUAAGUGUAACGAAUGUGGCAAAUUGUUUAAUCAAACUGCAGCCCUUAAAAGUCAUCAGAGAAUUCAUACCGGGGAGAAGCCUUACAAAUGUAGUGAAUGUGGCAAAGUCUUUAGUCAAACUGCAUCCCUUGCAAAUCACUGGAAAACUCAUACUGGAGAGAAACUUUGUAAGCGUCGUAAAUUUGGCAACAGCUUCUGUUAAAGUGCAACCAUUGCAAAUCACUGGAGAGUUUAUAGUGGAGAGAAAGCUUAAAAGUGUAAUAAAUACGGCAAGGUGUUUAGUUAGACUGUACACCUCACAAAAUAUCAGAAAACUCACACUGGAAAGAAAUUGCAAAUGUAAUGAGCAUGGCAACAUCUUCAGUCAAAAUUCACUCCUCAACAUCAUAAAAUUCAUUCUUGACAUAAUCUGUACAAAUGCAAUGAGUAUAAAUAAACUUCAUGAGUUCAAGAAGUAAUUAACAUUAGAGAGUUCAUAUGAAUGUGGAGUUAUAUAACUAAUGUCUAUCACAAAGUAGUUUUGCUGGUUUUGCAACUCACUAGACGCCAGAAUAUGUCUUUGAUGUAUCACGCAAUUAUAAAGUGCAUGAUCAGACUAUUGCCCAUGUUUCAGAGAUAUAGAGGAUCAAAAGACUUACAUGAGAGGUGGUGCCUGUGGCUCACUGGG